AGGAUGAUGGCUUGUGAAGCAACAGAGACGGAGAAGGGGUCUCCAGUAGUGGUGGGGCUGCUGGUCCUGGGCAACAUCAUUAUCUUGCUGUCAGGUCUAGCCCUAUUUGCUGAGACAGUGUGGGUGACAGCUGACCAGUACCGUGUGUACCCGCUGAUGGGCGUCUCGGGCAAAGAUGACGUCUUUGCUGGGGCCUGGAUUGCCAUCUUCUGCGGCUUCUCCUUCUUCGUGGUGGCCAGCUUUGGUGUGGGAGCUGCACUCUGCCGUCGCCAGUCCAUGAUCCUCACGUAUUUACUGCUGAUGCUCAUAGUAUAUAUCUUCGAGUGUGCCUCCUGCAUCACGUCCUACACCCACCGUGAUUACAUGGUGUCCAACCCAUCACUGAUCACCAAGCAGAUGCUGACUUUCUACAGCUCAGACUCCGACCAGGGCCAAGAGCUGACCCGCCUGUGGGACCGCAUCAUGAUUGAGCAAGAAUGCUGUGGCACAUCUGGCCCCAUGGACUGGGUGAAUUACACAUCUACUUUCCGGGCGACCACUCCAGAGGUGGUGUUCCCCUGGCCUCCACUGUGCUGUCGCCGGACAGGAAACUUCAUUCCCAUCAAUGAAGAAGGCUGCCGUGUGGGCCACAUGGACUACCUGUUCACCAAGGGCUGCUUUGAGCACAUCAGCCAUGCCAUUGACAGCUACACGUGGGGCAUCUCCUGGUUCGGGUUUGCAAUCCUGAUGUGGACGCUCCCUGUGAUGCUGACAGCCAUGUAUUUCUACACCACCCUCUGAAGAGCAAGAAGGGGAGGCCACCUGCCCACCAGGCUCUACCUCUGCCACCUCGAUGCACCACAGCCUCAAUGCACUGCAGCCUCUGUCCUUCCCUGUCCACCUUCCUCCGUCUUCCCUUCUUUCAAUCUCAAGAUCCCUUCCAUACCUAGACCGUCUGUGUGCCUCAUUCCCUGCUUUGUGUGCCCGGACCCCCUGCACCCCAUUUAACUUGGCCAAUCCGGCCCAUCUUCUAGGUGACAAAAUAUACUGCCCUUUGGGCACCUUCCUGCUGCUGCCAGCCCAUCACACGCCUCUCCUGUGGCUUCCUGAACUUUCUUCAUGGCAGAUGAAGCCAUCAUUGCUCAGUAGCUUGUGGUUGCUUGUUUGAGAUCUAAUAGGCUUAGAUUGGCCUUAAUAAGUCUAAUAAACUUAGAUUGACUUAGAUAGUCCAUUGGACUGAGAGCAGGGACAAGUUCUGCUGUGGCUAUUGUGUUGUCCCCAUCAUCACCCA